ACAUCAACAGCCUGCCCAUGACCGCGUAAACGAUUCUAUUCGGCCUUCUUUGUUUUUAUUACCAACACUCAACUCAACAAACUCAACAAGUUUCAUCAUGUUCUGCAAUAACCGAAUCUCUCUCCAACUUGCUCUGCUUCUCCUCGUGUUUUCAGCCCUCUUUUCAUUCUCUCAUCAAGCUUCAGGGGUGGUUUACGAGAAUGAGGAUAAUUUGGUCUCAUGGCCAAGUAGAAGGAGUGUGGCUGAGGAUGCCACAGGUGUUAGCAACUCAUCGUUGAUACUGGCUGAGAAAAGAACUUACAGAAAAGACCCUUCUGACAGUUUUAAGUACUAUAAACGUGGAUGGAACAUAAGUGAAAAGCAUUACAUUUAUUCUGUGGCUUUUACUGCGGCUCCUUUGUUCCUCAUUGCUGCGCUCUGGUUUGUGGGAUUUGGCUUGUGUUUAUUGAUCCUGUGUAUGUGCUUUUGCUGCUGCCAGAAACGUCCUUAUGGCUAUUCUCGGACUGCUUAUGCCCUUUCUCUUAUCUUUCUCUCAAUAUUCACCGCUGCAGCUAUUGCCGGCUCGGUCGUUUUAUACACUGGACAGGGAAAAUUUCAUAUGACCACAACCGACACUGUGAAUUUUGUUGUUAACAAAUCAGACACUACAGUUGAAAAUCUUCAGAAUGUGUCGGGCUAUCUUGCAGCAGCUAAACGGAUUAGAUUAAACCAAUUUGUCCUACCUCCAAGUAUCCAGAAUAGCAUUGACAGUGUUGAGACUAAGAUCAACUCUUCUUCUGCAACUCUUGAACAUGAGACAAAAAAGAAUUCAAAUGAUAUACAAAAUGUGCUGGAUGCAGUGCGUCUUGCUCUUGUGAUAAUUGCUGCUGUAAUGCUUCUUGUGGCGUUUCUUGGUUUUCUAUUCUCAAUUUUUGGCAUGCAGUAUCUUGUUUAUAUUCUGGUGAUCAUAGGAUGGGUUCUUGUGACACUCACAUUUAUCCUGUGUGGCAUAUUCCUCGCUCUCCACAAUGCGACUGGAGACACCUGUGUGGCAAUGGAUGAGUGGGUUAAGAACCCUACAGCGCAUACAGCUUUAGAUGACAUAUUGCCAUGUGUUGAACCUGCAACUGCUCAAGAAAUAUUAUCUGAAAGCAAGAAUGUUACCUUUCAAUUGGUUGUAGCAGUGAACCAGAUCAUCGUCAAUCUUUCAAACGUUGAUAUACCAUAUGGUCUACCUUUCUCAUAUAACCAAUCUGGCCCUUUGGUGCCUGUCCUGUGUAAUCCAUUCAAUCCUGACCAAACAGAUCGAAAAUGUACUGCUGGUGAGGUUCAGCUUAGCGAUGCAGCGCAGGUUUGGAAAAAUAACAUAUGUGAAGUUUCAGGAGACCAUUGUAUCUCAGUGGGACGUCUGACUCCUAGUAUGUAUGACCAAAUGGUUGCUGCUACUAAUGUGAGUUACGGACUAUAUCAAUACGGUCCAUUUCUUGCUGAUUUACUGGAUUGUAGCUUUGUUCGCGAUGCCUUCAUGGGGAUACAAGAUGAGUACUGCCCAGAUUUGAGGCUAUACAGCAGAUGGGUCUACAUCGGACUGGCAUUGGCCUCAGGUUCAGUAAUGCUUUCUUUAAUUUUCUGGGUACUGUAUGCAAGAGAGAGGCGGCACCGGAAAUACACCAAACUCAUCAGAAACUCCUCCGCACCAAAUUCAUUCGAAGAGAAAGGACGGCCUUAAAGUAUCUUUUUGUAUAUUGCAAGGAAACUAGGUAAAUUAUUUGUACAGAAGAAUUAGAACAUCAUUCAUUGAAUCAUUUGUCCUAACACAAGAAUGAUCAGUUUCUUUAUUAGUUCAUCAAGAUAUGAUGUUUCUAUAUUUAUGUGAUUAUGAAGUCAAAGAGGCA